AUGGACGAGAACCAAAUAGCCGCUUUAUGUGAUAGCUUCUUCUCCAACGCGGAUCCGAAGAACAAAGAACAAAUGAACAUACAGCUUAAUCAAAUCAAAGAUGAUCCAGACGCUUGGAGAGUUUCCAGAGGAUUAAUUGAAGGCAAUCACUCUGAUUACGCAAAAGCAUACGGAUUCCAAUUGAUUUCAAACGCAGUCAAAACAUAUUGGGGCAAUAUUAGUCCAGAAGAACGCGAAGAUGUCAGAAAUUUUGUUGCCACUGUUUUAAUCAAUUGGUCUGAGAACAACAUCUGCAAACUCGCACAACCAUACUGCUCUCAAGCUCUUGCCAGGAUAAUUAUUCGCGAUUGGCCCCAAGAAUGGCCAACUGUUGUAAAUGACAUGAUAGACAACGCUCUCUCCAAUACAAACUUAUUGAAUGUCAUCCUUACACUCCUCAGAGACAUCUCAACCGAUGUAAAAGACUUUUCUCAAGGCGCAAUCACAACAAGUCGUAUCAGUCAAUUAAACAGAGCUCUUCUUGAAGUCACACCGAAAAUUCUCGAGUUACUCGGCGAAGUCUUCAACGUAGACCGCGGUGUUGACAUCACAAGAACAGCUAUGCAAUGUUUUGGCUCAGUUGUCAAAUGGCUCGACCCUUCUGGCUUCUACAACUCCAACCUUCUUGAAAUACUCACGCAAAACUACCUACCAAACCCUGCCUACCAGGAAGAUAUCCUUACAAUUUUGGCCGAAUUUGCAAAUAAUGAGGCCACAAAGAAAGACGCGAACGCUCUCAAGGUCAUUCCUCCUCUAUUCAAGAUCAUCAUGGAAUCCAUCGGCGAACCACAAGCAAAUGACCAAGAAUUUUUCAUUAAUUUAUAUUUCGAAGAACAAAACCGUGUCCAAGCCAUCAUCAACAUGCUCUACGCGUUCAUGUCGAACUACCUUACAACAAUAGAAGCUGCAGAUCUCAUCAUUCCCCUUGCUGUCGGCUUCCAAUGGACAAAUGGCUUUUUAUCAGUGGUCCAACCACAAACUGACUGCUUCAAGAACAUCGUUGAGCUUUGGAAUGUGGUCGCGAGACAUUAUCACUACGAAAGCCACAACAGAUCUAUUGAAUUAAACGAAAUGUACAUGGAAUUCAUACAUCAAGCGCAGUAUGUACUGAUUUGGAACAUCCAGAGGCCACCACAGAUCAAUAUAGAUGUAGAGAACGAAGGUAAUUACGUCGUAAAGGCUACAAAUGACGCAGAAAGUCAAUUAUAUAAUCUCAUGCACGAAACAUUAGUUAUUAUGACAAAUAUAUCACCACAACAGACUAUAGAUACAAUAUACGCCAUGUUCGAAGCAUUAGUCGACGAACAAAACCCAGUACAAAAUCCAAAUCUUCAUCUCACAAAAAUUUGCUGGGCAACAGGCGCUGUAUCAGGAGCCAUUCCUCAGGAGAAGGAAAAGAGAUUCAUUAUUGACGUACUUACGAAAUUACUCCAUUUAUUCGAAGGAGCCGACGAAAGUAACAAAGUAUUGCUUGGCAGUGGAGUUCUUUUCGUUUCUUCGCAAUAUCCGAAGUUCCUUUGCCAGUAUCAGCCGAUUUUCACCUUAAUUAUUGAAAAAACAGUCCAAUUCAUGCACGAAAGCAUCGAAGGUAUAAAGGAAGUGGCCGUAUCCGCAUUCAGAACAAUCGCGGAAAGCUGCAAACGAGCUUUCGUUCAAUCCAGAGGCCAAGAUCGCUCAAUGUUCGAAGAGUUGAUCGCCAACGUUCCUUCCACAGUAUCUGCCCUCGAAGAGGAAUCACCAGUCCACGCGAUCAAGUUCUACGACGCCAUGUCAAUCAUUAUUACCGCGAUUCCUAACGAAGGAGAGCGCGCAACUGCAGUUGGAGCUCUUAUGGAGAACAUAAAUGAGCGUUGGGAGAGCUUUUCGCAGAGUUUCGAUGUAGGUAGUGAGCAAGAUGUAGAAAUCAUGACAUAUCUCUUAAGAUACAACGCCGUUGUCGCAAACAAUGUAGGUAUUGCCUUCCAUCUCCAGUUCCAGCACCUCUUCCAGACCAUCCUGUUCCUCUACAACGCUGUUGCAACUCGGGCCAUCGUAGAGUGUAAUGGCGACGAUAACAAUAAAUUGGCCACCAACCUCAGACAAUGUUUGUCGGCCAUUACGUCUGUUAUUGGCAAUUUCUGUGAAAACUUGAACGGCAAUAUCCUCCAAUACAUCAAGACAACAGUUAUUCCUCAAUGUAAUGAGCAGAUUGGGCUUAGCUUCAUCAAGACAUUCGAACCAUUACAGAACUUGACAUCAGGAGACUUCACAGCGGUCAACGUUUGCGCUUGUGUCCCCGAAGUUAUCAAGAUGUACACAAGUUUCAUCAAAUGCAUCAAACAGGCGGCCAAGCCCUACUUAGACGACAUCUACGAGCGAAUCUUCAACCCUACAGUUACGAUCGUUCGCGGAGAUGAGAAUAAUACUUUAUUAUUCCGACAGCCGCUCAUGGAUUUAGCCUCAGCAAUGAUCCAGCAUUGCUAUACAUGGAUCUUCAACAUCGAAGAGAGAAUCCAAAGCUUCAUAGAGUCAAUUGUUAUCUGUUCCCACGCAAGACAGUACGAAAUCUCCACUUCCGGCCUCAAAAACAUGGCAGACUUGUACAAGAAGCUCAAUAACUCAGCUACUGUCCAGUACAAAGGUGCAUUUUGCCAACAAUAUUACUUAGAUACUGUCAAAAUGACCUUUGAGAUCAUGACAGACACAGAACACAAGUUUGCCUUCAAAGAAGAGGUCGAACUCCUGAGAAGUCUCUUCCUUAUGCAAAUUGAUCAGAGAGAUCCAGUCCAGAUCACGAUGCAGCUCACAGAACUGAUGCCGAACAAGGAACCGAAAUGGAUCUUGGCCCAAAUAGACUCUUUCUUGAAGAUGAAGGAAAAACAAGAUUUGAGCAACGCCGUUGCUGAUUUCUUGAUCGAUAUAAAGGAAUUCAUGCCGUACGUCAAGGAACUGGACUUGGAAGCAUUGGAACAACAACUCAGGAGUCACCAGGAAGAUUUGAAGAAUUUCGAAGGAUUUUCUGGUCCAAGACAGGUUAACGAGGAUGAUGUUAACAACAUGGUAAUGGACAUCAACCAGAUGUAA